AUGACUCAGGAACGUGUGAACGGCAAUAGCAGCUAUGCAUUCGUGCACGAGGAUCCUUCAAAACCAAGAAAAUAUCAGCUCAACUUCAACCUCGACACCGAUUAUGUGAAAGAGCCCUCUUCUCCACCCACUCAUCAAAUUACACAACAACUACCACCACUUAAUCAUCAUCAUCAUCAAUCAUAUCAACCAAUACAACAGCAUAAUCAACAUAAUCAUGUAACUCAGCAACAUCAGCAUCAUCAUCACAACCACCACCACCCUCCUCCCCACCAGCAACCACCACCCCCACCACAGCAACAACAAAAUCUUUCACAGACACAUCACCAUCAGCAAAAACAUCACAUGACAUCAAAUCGUUCUACUACUUCGUCGCCGCCUUCCUCGACGAUGCCGCAAAACUAUCAAUCUAAUGUAUAUAGUAAAGAAAUUGUCAUACCUGAGAGAAGUCAGCAUGAUCUUCAAUCUGCUUCUGCAGUCCCUCCCCCCUACAAUGCUCACAACCACCCAUUGUUCAAUAGAAACAUUUCAAAUCACCCCGUGAUGCAUUCUCAAUCAAAUGUUGACAGUCGAUUUGCUCGUGGAGAUUCGAUCGACUCUCUUCAUAAUCUCGCUCAAGAACAACGACAACUUAAUUCAAAAUCACCCCGAUCACAAUCUCAGCCACACAAGUUAAAGGUUCAGCAGCCACAACCACUGACCGACCUUUUGAAUCCGCCCCGAUCCGUCUCGAGGCCGAUAACACCGCCACAGUUGCAUGUGUCUCCCCAUCAACCGUUUCUCGCACGUGAAAAUCGUGAGACGUCUCCUCACUUGGCACCUCCACCGCAUCAUCAGUCGGGAAGUAAUUCGUCAGUUUCAACCAGAUCCUCGUCCCCUGCCCCCAGCACACCGGUUGCCAACACCAGUGCAGUCUCAAAUUCAAAUCACAAUCUUCCCUACUCACCUCAUCACAGUCCUAAUAACAACAUGUUGGUCGCCUCUCUCAUCGACAAACCCAGCGUCGAGCAGAAUACUUCACAAGUGAAAAAACGUGGUCGCUCUCAGAAACCGCGACCCAUUGUUCCUGCCGGCCCUUUACCCAGUCAGCAGUCAUCAAUUUCUUCGCAAAUUUUACCGCUGUCCUCCGUGGCGAAUGAUUCUCCGGUGUUCGUACAAUACGUUGUUCCGGUGAACGGUGGCAACAAUGUCGCCGACGUCGCUUCUCAAUUGUCUGCACCAAGGUCUUCGCACGUGACCAGAAAACAAAAGGACAACCUUCCCGUCCAACACGUCACCCCAAUUACCGAGGGAAGGAACUGUAAUGAUAAUAUUAUCAGUAAUGCUAAACUUUCAGAAUCUCAUCAAUCGUCCCCCGCGUUCGCCGGUAACCUCGACAACUCUCUCUCCUCAUCAUUCCCGACCAUUUCUACUACCUCGGCGGUCCCGAGUCGUAAGCGUGAGCACUCUGCGCCAAGUUCACCAAGGGACUUUUCUGACGCCAAGAGGUGCAAAAAGGAAGAGAAUGUCGACAAAGGUGUAGACGUGGUGAUGGAAGAUGUGUCUGUCACGAAGGAUGAUUAUACUGGUCAUGCAUCAGACGGGAAAUCGAAGGCUCAUAUGGAGACGGUCAUGAUCCUGCAGUCUCUUAAGGACAGUAAAAAUUCGAACAAUCCGCCCGCCCAAGUGGUUGCUCCGGAUGUCGUUAAGGUGAAAGAGGAGAGUGUCGAACAAACUUCAUCAGAAUCGCUAAAGGUUGAUCAAGUUGAACAUUUUGUAGCGACAAGAGUCAGAGAACUGUCACUCGACGAAGACGAUCAAUUUAGACCUCUCGAGUCCAUUAAAAAAGAGGAAGGAGUCGCGGUCAAACCAGUGGAUCCUGUAAAACCCUCCCUGAUCGCGGAUAAAUCAAACAAGAGAGGUUUGAUUGGUGGUGGUACGGACAAUAAGAAGAUCGAUCAGGUUAAACGGGCGAUGCCCGUCGCGGUAAACGACAGUAACGUGGGAAAUGAUUCUGAUAAUGAUCUGGCGAUGGACGACGGGUCGGAUGAAGAAGAAUAUACAAAGUGCAAUCAGUCCGUGAACAAUCUUGUCGUCGAAGACGUUGAUACUCAGUGGAAUAGUGACGACAUGGAAACUGAAGAGGAAGUGGAGGAAGAAGUGGUGAACUUUGAAAACACGGGGGUUAAGGACGAAGAAACCAAACCGGCGGCAUUCGUCUCCUCGACUUGUCCCCUUCCAUCUUUGCCGCCUUCAACAACCUCUCAUCAAGGUCUCGUCAAAAGGAAGAAUGAAGACUCCAGGGAUACCCCCUCGCCGACACCCGCAGUAACUUCCACCACCACCGCUGCCGCCAACAACAAACAUUCGCGCCCUGCAUCACCCAUCAACACGAACUGCGGCACCGUCCCUAGUUUAGUGUCGCGUAAAGGUUCGGUAUCCAGUAAUGGCAGUAACAAGGACAGAGAGGCUCUCUCCGAUGCUUUGGAAAUGCCACCGGCCGUUUCAUCGCCUUCAGCUGUCACGCAAAAUAAUAAUAUCAACGGAAGCGGCCGACCUCAGAGACCUUACCCGCCAAGACGGAGAUCUACUAUGAGAGAUGAUGAAAAGCUAGAAUUGGAUGCAAUCGAGUGGGAAAAGAAUAUUGAAAUUCCUCAUCACAUAUGGGAGGAAACCUUGAGGGUAUUCGAGAUCGUAAAACAUUCCAAGGAGAUGAAGAAUCGCCAACCUCAUCGUAAACGCAAUCACAUUCUUGCGUCCAUCCUGUUCAUCUUAUGUCGUCAGAAUGGUCUUCCACGUACAUUCGUGGAGAUUUGUAACGCGGCUUCCAUUAGAAAGCAGGAGAUUGGAAGCUACUACCGUCUCAUGCUUAAAGUGUUUGAGAAUAAUGGCUUGGGCGGGGGAUCUAACGGUACUGUUGAUUCUGCAGAAUAUCUGAAACGAUGGUGUCAAAAUCUCAAACUUCCGCCCCAUAUACUUGACGCGGCGAUCCAUGUCUACAAACAAGCGAGCGAGCUAAAUAUCACCACCGGAAAAUGUCCCGUCUCGGUCGGUGCCGCCUCUAUUUGGCUGUCCAUUUCCUCGUGGAAUGAGAUGCGUUCGAAAUGGAACACUAAUGAUGACCACGAGCAGAUAAAGUGUGAACACAAAGAUGUAGCGCAAGCCGCUGGAGUGGUCAAUGCAACACUUGUCGGCUGUUUCAAGAAUUUAUCAAAAUAUAAAGAAAAAUUGUUGCCGGCGGAAUUUCUGCAAGAGGCAAAAACGAGGCCGCCGCAUCACAAAAAGGGCGACUCCCCGGAAGGUAACGCUAAUAAUAAUAACACUGUUGAAAAUGACUGUCGCGAUGAGAAGAAAGCGUCCUCACUUAGUCCCCCUCAUUCACUUGAAAACCUUAAAUUCUAUGAAGACGAAGAAACCUCUGAUAACGAAAAGAUGAAAGUUGAACCCAUAAAAAUCGAACCAACAACUCCUUCGAUGUCCGCCUUGCCAAGUAAAAUUGAUCCGGCAACUUCCCCCGUCUCAAAAUCGUGCCCAAAGGUCGGAUCCAUGUCCCCUUCCAGAAUUCGCAGAUCCGGAAACAAUUAUUCAAAGUCCGUGAAGGUCGAGUCCACUUCACUACCCCUCGGUGCAGUCAAAUCCCAGAAAUCACCGAAUUCCACGGAAUCCCUUGUCCGUGAACCUCAGGAAGAUGCUGACGAUGAAUUGGAAGAAGGCGAACUAAGAGAAGAUUGUGAUGAUGCUAUGAUAGAAUAA